UGAGGCACCGGAGCUAACAAUUUAAAAUAUAAAAAUUUUAAACCGAUAAACAUAAACUACACUUGCAAUUAACUGAAAAAUACAAAAUCGUUAAAAAUGUUUCGAUGUCUGUUCAUGCGCAAAAAUGUUUUGCUGCCCAGGUUCUUAUAUUCGAGUUAUGUAGCCCGGGCGAAUAUGUUUACUGGUUCGAUGUUCCAGUCGAAGCAAAGGAAUGUCUUUCCUGAUAACUUCAGUGUGACCGAUAUAAACGUAUUCGAGCUGGCCAAGGAUGAUGUGGAGUUUCAACGAAACUUUCUAACAACCUUGCCCAUGCUCGAUAAGGAGAUAUCUGCGUCCAUGCAAUCCAAUGCCGAUGCGCCUGUUCCCAAUGCUGUGCCUGAGCCACAGAGCAACUCUGUUGUGGAGCCGGCGACUCCAAGCUCUAGUAGCAAUGACAAUUGCAUUUUGGAUAGGAACGGCUUGCCUGUUAUUCCAAUUGAAAUUGAUGGCUGGAAAAAUCUUACUGAGGACGACGACGAGGAUGAUCCCACUGUGCAGAAGCCAUCGUCCAUUGAAAUUGGUGAUGAUGACUACAAAAAGGAGCACUUGCUGGUGGUACCAGAAUCGCGUGAGGGACAGGUGGAAUACAAGGGCAUCAAGGUCAAGUUGCCAGAGACGGCAAGCAAGGACGUGGGCACGUAUCGUUUUCGCCGCGAUGCCGAGGAUAUGGAAUCCGUGGGUGACGAUAUGCGUUUGGCUAAAUUCGAUAAAUAGUUCGCUACUACGAUUAUGUCGAUUUGCUUGUUUGAUCAAUUUAUAAAAUGUCCAAACGGCUAUUGCGUCCGUCAACAA